AUGGAGGAGAAAUACGGCGGGGACGUGCUAGCCGGCCACGGCGGCAGCGGCCUCGGGCCGGUGGAUGUGCCCAGCGCUCGAUUAACAAAAUAUAUUGUGUUACUGUGUUUCACUAAAUUUCUGAAGGCUGUUGGACUUUUUGAAUCAUAUGAUCUCCUAAAAGUAGUUCACAUUGUUCAGUUCAUUUUUAUAUUAAAACUUGGGACUGCAUUUUUUAUGGUUUUGUUUCAAAAGCCUUUUUCUUCUGGGAAAAGUAUUACCAAACGCCAGUGGAUCAAAAUAUUUAAACAUGCAGUUGCUGGGUGUAUCAUUUCACUCUUGUGGUUUUUUGGCCUCACGCUUUGUGGACCACUAAGGACCUUGCUGCUAUUCGAGCACAGUGAUAUUGUUGUCAUCUCACUGCUCAGUGUUUUGUUCACUAGUUCUGGAGGAGGACCAGCAAAGACAAGGGGGGCUGCUUUUUUCAUUAUUGCUGUGAUUUGCCUGUUGCUUUUCGACAAUGAUGACCUCAUGGCUAAAAUGGCUGAGCACCCUGAAGGACAUCAUGACAGUGCUCUAACCCACAUGCUUUACACAGCCAUUGCCUUCUUAGGUGUGGCAGAUCACAAGGGUGGAGUAUUGUUGCUAGUACUGGCUUUGUGUUGUAAAGUUGGUUUUCAUACAGCUUCCAGAAAACUCUCUAUAGAUGUUGGUGGAGCCAAACGUCUUCAAGCUUUAUCCCAAAUUGUUUCUGUACUUCUCUUAUGCCCAUGGGUCAUUGUUCUUUCUGUGACAACUGAGAGUAAAGUCGAUUCUUGGUUUUCUCUCAUUAUGCCUUUCUCAACGGUUGUUUUUUUUGUCAUGAUCCUGGAUUUCUAUGUCGAGUCCAUUUGUUCAGUCAAAAUGGAAGUUUCCAAAUGUGCCCGCUAUGGAUCCUUUCCCAUUUUUAUCAGCGCUCUACUGUUUGGAAAGUUUUGGACACAUCCGAUAGCAGGCCAGCUCCGGGCUGUGGAUAGAGCAGCACGCCAAGGGGGCACGGAGCACGUGCUUUCUGGAGGAGUGGUGGUCAGCGCUGUGUUCUUCACCUUAUCUGCCAACAUCUUAUCAUCUCCUUCUAAGAGAGGACAGAAAGGUACCCUCAUUGGAUAUUCUCCUGAAGGAACACCUCUUUAUAACUUCAUGGGUGACGCUUUUCAGCAUAGUUCCCAGUCCAUCCCUAGGUUUAUUAAGGAAUCACUAAAACAGAUUCUUGAGGAAAAUGACUCUAGGCAGAUCUUUUACUUCUUGUGUUUGAAUCUGCUUUUUACCUUUGUGGAAUUAUUCUACGGCGUGUUGACCAAUAGUCUGGGUCUGAUCUCAGAUGGAUUUCACAUGCUGUUUGACUGCUCUGCUUUGGUCAUGGGACUUUUUGCAGCCCUGAUGAGCAGAUGGAAAGCAACUCGGAUUUUCUCCUAUGGGUAUGGCCGAAUAGAAAUUCUCUCUGGAUUUAUUAACGGGCUUUUUCUAGUGGUAAUAGCUUUCUUUGUGUUUAUGGAGUCGGUGGCUAGGUUAAUUGAUCCUCCGGAAUUAGACACACACAUGUUAACACCAGUCUCAGUUGGAGGGCUGAUAGUAAACCUUAUUGGUAUCUGUGCCUUUAGCCAUGCCCAUAACCAUAGCCAUGGAGCUUCUCAAGGAAGCUGUCACUCGUCUGAUCACAGCCAUUCACACCAUGUGCACGGACACAGUGACCAUGGGCACGGUCAUGGCCACAGCCACGGAUCUGCUGGCAGAGGCAUGAACGCUAACAUGAGGGGUGUAUUUCUACAUGUUUUGGCAGACACGCUCGGCAGUAUUGGUGUGAUCGUAUCCACCAUUCUUAUAGAGCAGUUUGGAUGGUUCAUUGCUGAUCCCCUCUGUUCUCUUUUUAUUGCUGUAUUAAUAUUUCUCAGUGUUGUCCCACUGAUUAAAGAUGCCUGUCAGGUUCUACUUCUGAGGCUGCCACCAGAAUAUGAAAAAGAGCUACAUAUUGCCUUAGAAAAGCUACAGAAAAUUGAAGGAUUGAUAUCAUACCGAGACCCACAUUUUUGGCGUCAUUCUGCCAGUAUUGUGGCAGGAACAAUUCAUAUACAGGUGACAUCUGAUGUGCUGGAACAAAGAAUAGUACAGCAGGUUACAGGAAUACUUAAAGAUGCUGGAGUAAACAAUUUAACGGUUCAAGUAGAAAAAGAAGCAUACUUCCAACAUAUGUCUGGCUUGAGUACUGGAUUUCAUGAUGUUCUGACUAUGACAAAACAAAUGGAGUCCAUGAAAUACUACAAAGAUGGUACUUACAUCAUGUGAGAUAACUUGGGAAUUACUGCUGGGGUUUGAACAAUGAAGAUUAAAAGGCCGGGUAUUUAUAAUACCACCAGAAGGAAGAAAAUUGCACAUAAUUGUACAGAAACAUUUUGUUGCUUUUGAAAAAAUUUUUAAAGCUCCCUAAAGUUGGAUCAAGGAAUCUUUCUUAAAGGAAAU